GUGCGGUUCCGGUAGUUUCCCGGAGCUUCACCUGAAACGCAUUCCAGCUACGGAGUGCUUUCAGCGGACCAGAAGCAGCACAUUCCACUCACUGUAGGCGCGGUGGAUUUUCCCGAGCGGCAGGGUAUUUUUGACGGGAUCCGGAGAGAGGUGCUAAAACUCGGCAUCAGUGGGGUGAAAGCCGCAGGUGGAGCGGCAGGAAGGGGGGCUCCGUGGGACAUGGGUUGCGAACAGCGACCGGAUUGUGUACCUGUACCGUCUCCGGGAAGUUGGGCGCUCUGAUUGGAGUUUGAUUCCAGAGCCUUUGUCCAUGGCGGGCUGCCUGUGGUGGUGCCACCGCACCUGUGUGUGCUUUCUGUCCGAGGAGGAGAAAGCAUCCCUGGCUGUGGACAGAGAGAUCCAGAGGAUCCUCAGGAAGCAAAAGAAGGAAGAGAAGAAAGAGAUAAAAAUCCUUCUGCUGGGAACUGGGGAGAGCGGGAAAACCACCUUCAUCCGACAGAUGAGGAUCAUCCACGGCCGAGGAUACUCGGAGGAGGACAGGAAGACCUUCGCCAGCUGCAUCUUCCAGAACAUCUUCACCGCCAUCAAGGCCAUGACGGGAGCCAUGAGCACCCUCAGAAUCCCUUAUGCCAACUCUGAGAACGAGAAAUAUGCCAAGUUGCUGCAGGAUGUCAACACAGUGCAGAUCUCCUUCCUGGAGCGGGGACACGUCAAGGCGAUCCGCUGCCUGUGGGCAGACUCGGGAAUCCGGACCUGCUACAGCCGCCGCUGCGAGUACCAGCUCCUGGAUUCCACUGAGUACUACAUGAACAACCUGGACCGCAUCUCGGCCCAGGACUACAUCCCCACUGAACAGGAUGUGCUGCGUGUUCGCUUCCCCACCACGGGCAUCCACGACUACGCCUUCACCGUCAAGAACAUCACACUAAGGAUCGUGGAUGUCGGUGGUCAGAAGUCCGAGCGUCGGAAGUGGAUCCAUUGCUUUGAAAAUGUCACCUCACUCAUCUUCUUGGCCUCCCUCAGCGAGUACGACCAGGUUCUGGAGGAGAGAGAGUCAAUCAACCGAAUGCAGGAGAGUCUGGCUCUGUUUUCCACCACCAUCCAUUCUGCAUGGUUCAUGAACACCUCCAUCAUCCUCUUCCUCAACAAAACCGACAUCCUGGCUGACAAGAUCCAAACCUCGGACCUGAGCCGAUACUUCCCCAAGUUCACAGACAAAAGGCAAAAUGCCGAGACCGCACAGAAGUUCAUCCUUCAAAUGUACGAGGAUCGCGCCGUAAACCCUGAAAACCAGAAAGACUGGAAAACUCUGUACCCGCACUUCACCUGUGCAACGGAUACCAACAAUAUUCGCAAGGUCUUCACCGACGUCCGGGACACAGUGCUGCUUAAAUCUCUGAGGGACUACGGAGUCAUCUGAGCUCCAUCCCAUCACUGAGGGCUCUCACUUCCAUCUGGACCAUUACCUCCAGAGAGCUCAGAUGAACUUUUGUUUUUGAAGUAAAAAACGCCAAACCUUUCUCAAACCUGCCAGAUCACCAGGCCUCCCCUCUUUCCUCCUAAAUUUGACUUUAAUGAAACAUCAAGAGGAGAUGGAAGGUGCUUCUCCUCCACUCCUCCUUUUCUGAAGCAGCAGACACAAAAGUAACGGGAAUCACCCAUACAUUUCUCAGUCUGCCCCUUUUCUUUAUUUGUAAGAUGAAGAAGCAUGAAUGAGGUUGUAGAAGCAUCACAGUUCCUAAUUGAGGCAGGAGUGGAGCUGCUGUGAAGUGCUGCGAGGCCAUUAACAGUAUAAUGACUUUCAGAAUGUCGAGAUGGGGGAACGCACGGGUGCGCCAGAGCUGCCGUACACACAUUAAACCGCUUUAGGUGCACCCACCAGGUACUGGCAGGUGGAAGAGUGGCUCACACACAGAAAUGCAACAGAAAAUUUCCAAGAAAGACCUUCAUUAGACAUGACGAGGAUGAGGAGCCUCCUGAAGGUGCAAAAUCAAGCCAUUGUUGAUGGAGAAAACAGUUUUUGGAGCUGAUUGUUGAUCAUAUGAGUUAAAACUACAAUGCCAUCCCUCACCUGACUGAUUUUGUUGUAAACACUGAUAAUCCUCUAAUUAAGAGGUGCUUGACUCCCUAUUGCUACAUAUUAUUCCUAACCUGAAGUGUAAAAAAUAGCGUCUAAAACUGGUUUAGUGCCUAUGGGCAUUCAUUUUAGUGUUUAAACAAUCCUGGGACAUCAUUUCCUCUUUUCCAUCCAUCCAAAUGGUCUGUAUCUGAUUAUCUUGUUUUAAAUCAAUUGUUAAUAAUUUGAGUGCAGAUCAAGAAUAAAGUCUCAUUAUUACAGCAAUAAUAAAAGUGAGCGUACCAGGAGGAAGACAAUAAUAAUAAUAAUAAUAGUCAACAUGGGUUUUUUAAGAGAAACCUCUAAACUAAAAAUGUAAACAAGAAAAGAGCUGCUUGGAGAAGUCCGCUCUCAGCUCACACAGAAACCACUUUCUAGUUCAUCAAAAUCAAUUUGGUUCUGGAAAGUCAGGGUGUGAAUAACCUGUAAUGUAUUUGUGUAAACAAGCAGUCCGCUGCGUUGCGGGAAGAAUAAUUACAUGAUGUCAGUAAGAGCUCAGCGUCAGCAGGCUGCAGUAGGAAAUUUAAUAUUGAUCAGAAGUGUGACUUCCACCGCUGUGAGCAUCAUUCAGCACUGAGAGGAAAAUGACAUUGAAAUUCAUGAAAUGAACUGACGUGUGUGUGUGUGUGUGUGUGUGUGUGUGUGUGUGUGUGUGUGUGUGUGUGUGUGUGUGUGUGUGUGUGUGUGUGUGUGUGUGUGUGUGUGUGUGUGUGUGUGUUUUCUGCUUCACCUCCACUUGCUGCACUUUCAGCACUCCGAUGCUGUUGGAUUCUUCAAACCUGUAAAAGUUGUGAUUAUUUUGUGAGAGCUUAUUUUGUAAUACUGUUCAACGACAGCACAUUAAACUCUCUCCUCGGAGCAUUUUCAGA